AUGAUGCUGCGCAGCCACUCAAUUAACACACAAAAUAAUCCAGAUCGGAAUAAGCGAAAACAGGCUGACGAUGCAAUAAAGAAUCCAAGCGAGCCUGUCCCAAAGAAGCAGAACAGCACCGGACUAACCGUACUUAGAACAUCAAUUUCUGGUUUGAAAAUUGAAACUGGAACUAAAAUCUAUUUGAAAACUGAUGCUGACAAGGAAAAUAUUGAGUACUUGCUUCGCGAAGAUAUACAGUUUUCAGUUGAUCCAACUGAUCCAUGCCCUCAUUAUGAUUUCGACAAGGAAGAGGCUGGAAAUCUUGAGAGCGUGUCUGAAUUCGCCAACGAAAUAUUCAAAUAUUACAAAUCUCGCGAAAAACAUUUCCGUAUCCAGGAUUAUCUUCCCAAACAUCCUGAUAUUGAUGAGAAGACUCGUGCGAUUUUGGUCGACUUUCUUGUUGAGACUCAAGAAACUUUCGAGCUCAACCAUGAGACACUCUAUAAUGCUGUCAAGAUUAUAGAUAUGUAUCUCGCGAAGACAAGAAAUGUCAGAAAGUGUAAAAUUCAAAUUGCUGCGUGUGCUGCAGUUUUUCUCGCUUCUAAAUACGACGAACGCUCGCCGCCAUUGGUCGAUGAUCUUGUGUAUAUGGCUGGUGAUGAAUUCAGCCGUGAAGAAUUCUUAGCGAUGGAACGCGAAUUAUUCUCACAAAUCGAUUUCGAUCUUGGCUCUCCACUCUCGUAUCGUUAUUUGCGUCGAUUGGCACGUGUUUCGCGCACUUCCAUGGUAUCUUUGACACUCGCGCGUUAUAUUCUGGAGUCUUCUCUUCUUAUCUACGAUUAUGCUCUUUUAUCCGGAGCUCGUAUGGCCGCCGCUGCCUUUCUUUUAGCUAUGAAAAUGACUGAUAUUAAUUACCAAUGGAAUCCAAUUCUUGAAAAAUAUUCUGGCUUCACUAGUGAAGACAUUCUUCCAUUGAUGGAGCAUCUCAAUCACAAAAUGCACUUUUUAAAUAAGGAAUGGAAUCGACUUGCAAAUAUUCGCAACAAAUAUUCUCAUGAAGUUUUCUUCUGCGUCGCAACGACUCCGUUGCUUCCAGAUUCUGAUCCGAAGUUGGACUUGCGCAGCAUUUCGUAUCCGUAA